GUCAUGUCGGAAAACUAAAAUGAAAACAUAACCUUAUAUGUGGAUAUUAGUUUUUUUAAGAUUUAAUCAUGAAAAAUCGAGUUUACUUAGAAGCAUCCACGACCCCUGAAGAUUACAAUAAAUCUAGCAAAAUUGAUAUUUCUCUAGAGUCAUUGGUGUCCUAUACCAUCUUUAAAUUUUGUAAACCUUGUGAACUUGAUGUAGUGUUUAUAUUUAAAAACUCAGUUACCGAAAACUUCAAGCCUGUGUUUCAAUUAAAUGAAGAAAAUCUGAAGGUUCUAUACACAACAGAUGUACCUUGGCAAGUUUUGUCGUGUAAUUUUCCCGUAUUGAAAAGCGAAGAUACGAUCAUAUCAGGACUUUGUGGCGUAGCUAGAUAUAUUUGUAAACACAGAUCUACAAAGAAAAUAUGCGAAGAGCAUGAUGAGGGAUUACUUAGUUUCCGUAAAGGUUGUUUGCAAGCGCCAAAUGAAGUAUCUAUUUGGACAAAAUUUUGUGAGGUGGACAUUAUAAAGACUGUCAAAGACGUAGUAAUCAAUGAGUUACUGAAUGAAGUGCCCAUAAAUCUAAUACGAUUUGAAAAUCAUCUCAAUAAACCUGUUAGGGUGCAUAAUGUAUAUAGAUUAGCAAGAGAAUUAAAGAAAGAAAGUCUGAUUUUAAAUGAAAAGAAAAAAGAACAGGUUCCAAGUGAACUAUCAGACAAAGAAAGACUUUCUAAGCCCAGAAAAUGGAAAUCAAACUGCCGGAAAGCACUUGAAAUUGAUAGCACAACCAAAAUAGAGGAUUUAAAUAUAAGUCACAAGUUUGCAGAAGGCCCUUUCUUUACAUUAGCUGAUCUAAUUUUAUUGACCUGUUAUAGAAUUAUGUUUCAAAGAUUUGGAUCUAAUUAUUUUGAAUCUCUUCUCCCUUUGACAUAUAAAUGGUAUGUUAAUAUAACAAGUAUAGCAGAUGUAAAAGAUAUUUUAGACAUAUUGCCACAAAUUUCAUCAAAAUCUAUGGAUUUAGAUAGUAUAAGUAUACCUACAGUUGAUGAUGUGAGCCUGUAUAAAUCAGAUCCAAAGAGACAUAAUCCUAAAAAGAGAUUGUUUACUAAAGAACUGGAUAUAGAAAAUGCUUUAAGUGCACUUAAGAUUGGUAUGGAGCUGUCUGUUAAUAGUAAUCAAUAUGAAUCAAGUAUCUCAUGGAAUGAUAUCCCUGAUGGUGCCAAUCCGUUUGCUGGACAUUUACCAGAUGUAAGAAUAAUGAGAAAAUCACAACAACUGGAAAAUCUAGCUCAAGCUGUCUUAAAAAUAGCCAAAGAUGGAGAUUUGAUUGUUGAUUUUUGCAGUGGCAGUGGACAUUUAGGUAUACUUCUUGCACAUUUGUUACCCAAUUGCACAGUAAUAUUGCUUGAAAAUAAAGAACAGUCAUUACUAAGAGCGAGGGAAAGAGUCCAUGAAAUGUGUCUAAAAAAUGUCUACUUCUUCCAAUGUAAUUUGGACUUCUUUGUUGGUAAGUUCAACAUUGGAGUUGCUUUACAUGCUUGUGGGGUGGCAAGUGAUUUAGUUUUGGACAAAUGUUUGAGGGCCAACGCCAAGUUUGUGCUCUGUCCUUGUUGCUAUGGCUCUGUUCAUGCUACAGAUAGACUUGUGUAUCCAAGAAGUGCUACAUUUAACACAUUGAAUACUGACCAAUACUUGUGUAUUGGCCAUGCAGCUGAUCAAACUCACAAAGAUCAUGUUCUAACAGAGAGAGGAGCUAGAUGUAUGGGCAUCAUUGAUUCUGAUCGUGCAAGACUUGCCGAAGAGCAUGGCUACAGUGUUACAUUGUCAAGACUCACUCCUUUAUCUUGUACUCCCAAAAACAACUUACUUAUUGGUGUACCAACUUAAAAAUAAAAUGAUUUUUUCAUAAAACA